CUUCCGGUUCCGGUUUAGACGCCUGUGAAGCUGGCUAGCUACAGGUUACGGUAAGACACAAUGACCAAAGUUGUAUACCAAUAUUUAUGUCAAGUCUUUAUAUCUAUUCACUAAUUAUCUUCAUCUUUCAAAAAAUUGCUGGUUUGUAUGAUGGCUAGUUAUCGAGCUAACGCGAGAGGAAGUUAGCUUGCUUACGUCAACGUUAGCUUUGCUAGUUCAGCCAGUGUCAGUUUCGUUUUUGUAAAUUUAUGCUAUUUAUAACUUUUUGGUAUUUCGAUGGUCUACAAUAUCUAUCUAGCUAUCUAUGUAAUUUUUAUCACUUGCAUGAGCAACCCUUUCAGGCCUAUGGUUUGGCUCCAUGUCAGAACUAACUAACGUUCAGCCAGCAUUUGCCAGUGACGUUAGCUAGAUCUGCAUGACGGUUCGGGCUAGGCCUGCUGGUUAUCGCCAGCAUGUCACACCUACAAGGAAUCAGCUAAAGUCAAGAUAGAUCCCGCCCCCAAGUUUCCUGAUAUUAAAUCCAUAUUCUCCUAGAUUGCUUCUUUGAUCCCUCAUCUCUUCACUGGCAACUUUCUCUACAGAGAUUUGAUACGUUUACGUUCCAGCAAUGUCUCACAACUACUCCUACAGACGACCACCACCAGCUAAAGAUCUAAGAGCCAGCGCUUUCGACUCUCCAGAUCACCUGCACCCUGGAGACCACAGUCACAAUGUUUACAGAUCGUCCCAGGAGGCUCCGUCUCAUUCCACAAUACCAUCCUACCCAUCCUCCUCAUCCAGAGCCUCCGCUGCCACCGAGUCCCCUUACUCCUUCUCACUAAGUCAGUCAGACCCUUACUCCUCCCUAAGCCGGUCAGACCCUUACUCUUCCUCUCUAAGCCGGUCAGACCAAACUCUGACCCUCCUGAGCAGCUGUGGGCUUGAGCCCAAAGACUUGUCUCUACUAGCCGAGAUGCCUGAGGAGCUCAUCACUGUGGAGAACCUACCACGUCUGCUCCUGGAGAUCAGAAAGAAGAGGGCGACACAGCAGCCACCAUAUCCAGCUAUGACCUCUUACCCCCCUGCUGCCACAUCUUGCCCCCCCACUGCUACCCCUCCUCCAGGCCGUGCGUGGGAGCAGCGUGACCAGAGUUGUUCUCAGCCAUUAGACUACCCCCACCCCGCUCUUCCCCCUUCCCAACUCCUUCCCACAGAACAGGCUGAGCCCUGGCAACUAGAUCGUCAUGGCAACCCGAUGCAGUACACACGCUCUCGCCUAGAACCUGUGCCUGUCCGAGUUGUGGACUACCACUAUGGUAAAGAAACUCCCAGAAGUUACCAAACUCCUAGGUCCACUUACAACACGGCCCAAGGAGGAAGCAGCAACACCUGGAAACCCCCCAACUCGUCCCAACCAGCAGUAGAUUACAGGUACCCACCACCACCAGCUACAGACUACAGACCACGCCCAGACAAAGAUGUCCCAGUUGUCACAAUCAAGAUGGCCACCACUGGCAAAACUCCCACCAAGAAGGCUGCUCUUGACUUCCACGGAGAAAUCCCCCAAACGUUUCCUUAUUCGUGCUCUCUCUGCGAUAUUACUGUUCUCUCUGAAAAGUGCUGGUUCACACACGUCAAUGGAACUCAACAUGCAGACGGACAGCUCACACUUCUUCAAAUGUAUCCUGAAUGGGAUUGCCGGAUGCAGACCGCCAGAAGUGGUGACGACCACACAGACAGACCAAGGGUUGAAGAGAAGACUGGUGGACCUUCCCAUAGGUCUAUUAACUACUUAGGUAAACCGUCAAGUAGCGGCUCUAGAAAAAACGUAGACACUAAGACGAAGGUUACAAAGGGGAGUGGCAAAGUGGUUUGUGCCAAAUUUACCGCCCGGUGUCUCAACGAAGAUGGUUUGAAGGACCUGCUUAAUCCGUUUGGGGAAGUUGUGAAAGUCAUCAUGUUCCCUGCUUUGGCGUUUGUGGAGUUGGGCUCAACUGACCAGGCCGCCGAUAUUGUGACAUACUAUCUCAGUAACCCAGUGACGGUGAAAGGAGGACAAGUCACCUUCUCUGUCUCGUCAACAUUUAAUUUCCUGCAGAGUUCCCGGGUGUUGAGUUUUUCCCCGGUGCCUCCUGGUAAAGAGUCUGCCGCGUGGAAGAGAGAGUUACUGGCCGUCGCUGAAGGAUUUGGACCUGUGGAGCACUCUCUAUUCUUACCUACGCAGGCAUUUGUGGAAAUGACUAAUGCACUGGAUGCACAGAAGCUUGUUGGACACCAUACAUCCAAACACCUGAAAAUAGAUGAGAUACAUAUUAAAGUGGCCUUCUCAUCAGAGUAUAAUACACUUCGGACCAUGUCUGAGAGGAAGUCUUCAGACAGGAAGUCUUCAGACAGGAAGUCUUCAGACAGGAAGUCUUCAGACAGGAAGUCUUCAGACAGGAGCAGGAAGUCUGAAGACAGAUCUAAGAGAAAGAGAAGCCCAAGCCCCAGAAGGCGGUCCCUCAGUCCCAGGAGAGAUUCCCCAACCACCUCAAAGAGGAGGAGGAGUAGAGAGAGGGUUAGCGACCGUCACAAAGAACGGGCGAAAUCAAACUGUGGGGGUAAAAACAGGCCAAAGUCCCCCAGCAAACAGAGCUCCAGUCGGUCGCCCAGAAGCCUUCGCUCCCAUACUAAAGAGCGGGUGUCCAGUGAGAAGGUAUCCCCCAUUUCCUCAUCCACUCGCUCACAACCUCCCACCAAGAAUAAGACCCCGUCCCAGUCCUCCACUGUGAUGGAGAAGUCCAAAAAGGCUGUCGACACGAUUGACCAGAGCAAGCAAGAAACUGCGACCCACGACAGCCAGGAGGAUGGAGCCAUGGAGGCCUGUGAUAUGGACAGUGACAUCGAGGGGAUGGCCGUGUAUGGGGAGGAUGGGGAGGAGAACUCUGACAUGGGAGAGGAGGGAGAGGUGGGGGAGGGAGAAAAGGGAGAGGAACAAGAGGAACUGCAGGAGAGUGCUGAGGACUUGAUCCAGGAGUUUAAAGACCUAUGUGAGCCCAGGCAGAAAGCAACUUCUGGGACUGUAGAUGAUGCUCCUACAGAAGAGCUCUCAGCGACUGGGUCAGAACAGGGGAAAGAGCUCUCAGCGACCGGGUCAGAACAGGGAAAGAGCUCUCAGCGACCGGGUCAGAACAGGGAAAGAGCUCUCAGCGACCGGGUCAGAACAGGGAAAGAGCUCUCAGCGACCGGGUCAGAACAGGGGAAAGAGCUCUCAGCGACCGGGUCAGAACAGGGGAAAGAGCUCUCAGCGACCGGGCCAGAACAGGGGAAAGAGCUCUCAGCGACCGGGUCAGAACAGGGGAAAGAGCUCUCAGUGACCGCGUCAGAACAGGGGAAAGAGCUCUCAGUGACCGCGUCAGAACAGGGGAAAGAGUCCUCAGCGACCGGGUCAGAACAGGGGAAAGAGCUCUCAGCGACCGGGUCAGAACAGGGGAAAGAGCUCUCAGCGACCGGGUCAGAACAGGGGAAAGAGAUGGAUGGUGAAGACCAGAAAGGAGAUAUUUCAUACGUUGAUGAUGAGCCUGAUUUCCCAGAGGACCUUGAGAAUCUUAUUACGUUGGAUGAGCUGGAGGAGGAUUCCUCGGUUGAUAAUCAAGAUAACCAGUCAACAGAUGAGAUCAAGAGCAGAUCCAAGAGCAAGCCCUCAGGACGUGAUCAGACACCUGGUAGAGUGAUCUACGUCAAAAACCUUCCCAGAGGCUUCUAUACAGAUAGUGACUUCCUGAAGAUUGUUAAAGGCUUCGGGAGAGUGCAUCGCUAUUUCCUCCUUCGCAAUGGUGAAGAGGGCUUCAUUGAGAUGGAGAGGUCUUCUGAUGCGACAAAGGCUUUAAGAGAGCUGCGUUAUGAUGGCUGUAAAUUAUACGGCCAGAGGUUGAUCGUCCUGCGGUCUCAGAAAUACAAAAGACUAACAACCGGGUGGAAACCUGAAUCUGAUUCUAAAAGUGAUCGGAAGAAGGAUCACAUGAGUACUAGAAGCAGUAGCAGGAUAAGGAGUGGACGGACCAGCAGUCACUCAAAGUCAGCGGCUAAGGGCGACAAGACAAAAGAGAAGGACGACAAGACAAAAGAGAAGGACGAGGAGACAAAAGAGAAGGACGAGGAGACAAAAGAGAAGGACGAGGAGACAAAAGAGAAGGACGAGGAGACAAAAGAGAAGGACGAGGAGACAAAAGAGAAGGACGAGGAGACAAAAGAGAAGGACGGGGAGACAAAAGAGAAGACGGCACGACAAGUAUGCUCCGAGCCAGCCCAACACUGUGACAAGGAGGACAGAGGAGCGUCUGAAGGGGAUAUUGACCAAUCCUCCAACGGUGAAGACCAAAAGGAUGCCCCUGUCCCUGCUGCUGAGGAAGAGAAGCAGGCCUGUAGUAAUGAGGAUAAUGCAGAAACCAAGAUGGAGGAUAAUGUGGUAACGAGACCAGAUUCCAUAAAGACUGGUAUGGAGUCAUCGUUCCAGGCCAACAACCCAGUGGGAAGAGAAUUCAUUAAACCUGUCAUUGGCUACUUCUGUGACCUGUGUCAAGUCAUCUAUGUCAAUGAGGACGAAGCUAGGAACCAACACUGCAGCAGCCUCUGUCACUAUCUGAAGUUUAUGGAACAUUCAGGUGAAGACACAGCCUCUAGCUAAAAGAUGUCCAUCUCUGGAGGAAGUUGACAAGAUGACAGUUUUAGGCCCAUUUAGACAGGAAGUGUACAUGUGCACACUUCCGGAGGAGGGUGGAGAAUCUGGAUUUUUCUUUAUAUUGCACUCAAGAAGCACGGCACAGGUUUACCUCAUCCAUGAGAGGCUCUUUGUGAAACUCAUCCGAGAACAAUAAAUGAGAUUGCAGAUUACGUUAAUCUGUAUUGGUUUAUAUGAACAAAUGUUCAGCACCUACCUACAUAUAUUGUUAUGUUUGUGUUAAAAUAGCUCAGAUCUACUUUCUGUAACGUGAAUUGUUUGUUCGGUUUUCCUAUGUAAUUUGUUUUCGAGAUUUGUGUUAAAUUGAACUUCAUUCUCUAAAAGAUUGUUAAUAAACAUGCUUAAUUAUUGCA